AUGAAGCACAACACCAACCAGAAAUUAUUCCUAGUAUUUUCACUCCUAAUAUAUAGUAUAGUAUAGUGAAGAGAUUAAACAAUUAAGGGAAUAUGAAGAGGAACAGAAGCUUCUGUCAACUAUUUUUGCUCUCCUUUUUGGUGAUUGUGAUGACUAUUAUCACCUUCUCUAUAAUCUCAGUAGAAGCAAGGAAGAACAAUCAUCGCCAGAACAUGAUUAACAAAAGACUCCCCAAACGUCACACAAGAGGGAGAGCCACAUCACCAUCGCCAUCUCCGUCGCCGUCUCCGCCAAUGUCCACCAACACUUUUGACAUUAUGUCCUUUGGCGCAAAGGGCAAUGGAAUUUCUGAUGAUUCACAGGCACUUGUAGUUGCAUGGAGAAGUGCAUGCAAAGUUGGUGGUGCUACAGUUUUAGUUCCAUCUAAACUCAAAUUCCUUCUAAAACCCCUCACUUUACAAGGCCCUUGUAUGCCAGAUCUCACUCUUCAGAUUGAUGGAACUCUAGUGGCUCCAGAAGAGGCAUCUUCAUGGCCAAAAUCAAGUUUAUAUCAGUGGAUAAAUUUCAAAUGGCUACAAAACUUCACACUCAAAGGAUCUGGAACUCUUGAUGGCCAAGGCUCUAAUUGGUGGACUACUUCCUCCUCUUCAGAACCUUAUAAUUAUGAGACCCAGAAGAGCUACUCUAAACACAUUCCAUACAUGAAGCCAACUGCUGUGAGAUUCUAUUCUAGCAACCAUAUAACAGUUCGUGAUAUCAGAAUCCUAAACAGUCCCUUAUGCCAUCUAAAAUUUGAUAACUCAAAGGGGAUUCAAGUUACCAACAUUACAAUUUCUUCCCCACAGAAUAGCCCUAACACUGAUGGAAUUCACUUGCAAAACACACACGAUGUGCAAAUUCAGCACUCUGAUAUUCAAACUGGAGAUGACUGUGUAUCCAUCCAAACCGGUUGCUCUAAGGUUCAUGUCCACCAUAUUAUGUGUGGCCCAGGCCAUGGUAUAAGGUAA